AUGAAAUUAAAAAUACACGAAUAUACACCAUCUGACAAGAUCAUGACAGGAUCUUCGUUUUAUAAAGUUGGGCAGUCGUUUACUUGCCUAGAUGGCUCUUCAGCUAUACCAUGGUGGCAAGUGAACGACGAUUACUGUGAUUGCCGCGAUGGAUCAGAUGAACCCGGCACAUCUGCUUGUCUUAAUGGUCGUUUUUUCUGUCGUGAUAUGCAGUACAGACCUGUGUACCUUCCUUCUGCUUACGUCAACGACUCUAUUUGUGAUUGUUGCGAUGGUGGUGAUGAAUACGGAAGUUCUACCAAUUGUCCGUCAACUUGUGGCUCUUUGGCUGCAUCUUUGCGUGAAGCACAAUCUAUUAAACGAAAUCAAAUUGAACAGGGACAUAAAAUUUUUCAAGAAUACGUCACAAACUUAAAAGAACGUAAAGCAAAAGGACUUUUUAAUGAAGAUAAACAGUAUGAUGAAACACUGAAACUUGCGGAAUAUGAUGUCAAUAGUGAUAGUAGUAGUAGUAGUAGUAGUAGUAGUAGUAAUGAUAAUAAUGAUAAUGACAAUGAAGGAAGUAUUCAAACAAAUGAAGAAAAUGUUGAUUCUCAUUCAUCGGUUGGUGAAGAGAAACAAGCACUGAAUGAACCGUCAUCAUCGUCAAUUGAUUCGAAUCAACAGUCGUUUACACAUGAUAAUGACAAUACACUUAUCGAACAUGAAGCAUCUUCAUUAAGUGAUACGGAGUCUCAUGAGAAAAAAGGAAGUGAAUACGAUGGGCAUCAUGUUGGUGAUCAAGACAGUCAUAUGGAUUAUGACGAAUCAAAUGUUGCUUUUACUGAUAAACAACUCGACGACGAAUCACAUCAUGAAAUCCCAGAAACCCCAUCACCUGAUGAAAAACCUGUUAUUAAAGAUAUACCAACGCCUAUUCCUAUCGAUUAUGGACCAGAAGAAGGUUUUCGUAUGCUUACUGAAUUACCAAAUGGUUGUUUAGAGUUGAACGAUCGAGAAUACACAUACAGCCUUUGUCCUUUUAAAUCAGUUCAUCAAAAAUCAAUUGGUUCAUCGAAUUCUGAUCCAGGAACAUGUAUAGGCCGAUGGGGUCGUUGGUUAGAAUCUGAUGAGUAUGAAAAGUCUUAUAAAGUUAUGUAUUACGAAAAUGGUCAACAGUGUUGGAAUGGACCAACAAGAACUACCAAGGUAUUUGUCCAUUGUGGUGAUUCAAAUCAUUUGACUUCAGUGAAUGAACCAUCUCGAUGUGAAUAUGUUAUGCAAUUGAUUACACCAGCUGCAUGCAGUGAAGAUCCUGAUGAAUUAUUUAAGAAAUUACAUCCCGAAUUGUAAAUUUAUUUGUGUGUAUGUGUGUGUGUGUAAUAAUUUUUUCUAUUCUAUAUCUACUCCUUUAUACCUUUUUUUUCUGCUUAAAAAUUGUUAUCUCUUCUGAAGAUUAUGCACUAUUCGAAAGUUAGUUGUUGGAUGAAGUUUAGACAGGGAUUUGUAAAGCUCAUUUGAAUUUCAUCGAAUUCUGAUAUUGGUAACCUAUUGAAGAUUAUCUAUCUGCUUAUCGAUUUGCGUGUAUACGAUUUACUUUGUUUCACUUUAUUGCUUUGAAAUGUGAAUCUUACUUUUAUAGGGUUAUGUAUUGUUUAACGAGAGAUCUAUUCGAACAAUUGGUCAUGUAUGAUAGGUAGGUUGUGUGUAAGGUAUUAGGUAAAGGUUGUAAACUUUCAUUAACUAAGAUGGUCUACAGUUGCACAGUACGUUAGAACAUUCAGCACUAAGCUCAAUAUUGUUUAGUGUAGAGAAUAUAUUGGGAGGAAGACUAAGGAGGACUGAACUAAUACGUUGCAGCAUUUCAGGAAAAUAGUAAUUAAAACUCGAUUUAUUAGUUGAUAUAGUUCAGAAUUGUUUACAGUAAUGUAGGUAUAAUACUCUUUCGUUUUUUCAAAUCUUUAUUUUCUACAUUAUUCUCUUCUAAACCAGUUCAUUUUGUAUAUUAACUUAUACUACUUAUUAAUAUUCAGUAACCUGUUUGUUCUUAAUAUCGAUGAGUUUUCCACAUGUGUUCUUCAUUCCAUUA